CGUACUUCUGUAAGUUGCUGAGAAUACAUACCUAUCGUGUAUCAAAACUCCAUCUGUUUGGGACUUGGAAAAUGGAAGCACAACUGCAGCGGCCUUCGCAUGGCCAGGAUCAUCACUAUGAAGAUCUUCGCACUGCUGGGUUGCACUCUGUGAUGGAAGGUGAACGUGAAGGAGAGCAUAAUCAGAGUGGGGAGAAGAAAUCAGUGUUGAGGAAGGUGAAGGAGAAGGCAAAGAAAAUCAAGGACACGAUGAAGAAGCACGGACAUGGCCACGGCCACGAUCAUGCUUCUGAGGAAGACGAUGAUGAGAGCGAGGAAAUGGUGAACGAUCCUGAUGUUCACGGUGCAACAAUGUAUGAAUCUGCAGUUAUCACAGGCACGAAGCUGCCUAUGCAAACUGAUGUGAAUUUGGAAAAGCCGAUGGAUACGCGGGAGGAUCGGUACAGUCGUCCUACUGUAACGAGUGAAGUGUAUCCUAAUGUAGUAGAUGAAAUGGAGAGUGCGCGCUCUGGCCCAGGAAUUUUGGGGAUGGAUUCACCUUUUGAGGCCCGUGAGCCGGAAAAUAAGAAUCCUCUUGCAAUCGACGUGGAAGAGCCCAAGGUCGUAGAACCGACUGUUAGAAUUGGGCCUCUUGUGGGUUUAGAGGAAGACCCUCAUUCCCCAAAGAGUAGGACCGGUGAGAUUCCCGCCUCAAAUUAUGGAGCCAAAGUCCUUGAUCCUACAGGCGAAGGUCCUAAAGAAGCAGAUGUUGCUCCGCUUGUUCAGCGUUUGGACAAUCUGAAUAUUGGUGACAAAAAGCCCGAAGCAAAACCAGAGCCCUACACGGGGAGUCACGAUCAGUUUGCUCCACAAACAACUCCCACCGCGGACUAUUUCAAUCCAGAAUCAAAUCCACUGGUCGGUGAAAAUCCUGAACCAGAUUCAGCCCCGAAGAUUUCUAAUCCAACACAACCUGAAUCCAUUCCCCGGGACACUCUAGCCGGAAAAAUAUCUUCAGCCACAUCAACGAUAGCCGAUAAAGCAAUCUCGGCCAAGAAUGUGGUUGCUUUGAAGCUGGGAUACGGCGGCCAACUGCAAGAAGCAGGCGAGGAUUUGCCUCGGAAGCCUGCAGCAGAUUAUGGACACAAAGUUGCAGAAACACUGGCCCCCGUUUAUGGUAAACUGGCGGGCGCCGCCGUACUGUCGAAAGUGCGGAGAGGUGGAGGAGAUGAACAUGAAAGCAAAGGCGAGGGUGUCGGGGAGGGGACAGAUAAAGGAGUUUCUGUGAAGGAAUACUUGGUUGAAAAAUUGAGGCCUGGUGAGGAAGAUAAAAUGUUGUCAGAGGUGAUCACCGAGGCAUUUCACAAGAAACAGCCGACGGGGCGGAAGACGGAGUCGGCUGUGGUGGAGAAUACAACGGUCGCCCGUGGUCAGACGUCAAACGCAGGAGUUGUUGAUCGUCUGAAAGGCGCCGUGGGGUCGUGGCUUGGCAAGAGUGGUGGGACGCAGACGGCUGGUUUGGGUUCUAGUGGAGUGGGGCAGAGAGAGGAAGAAGUUAUGAGCGAGCAGCAGCCGCCGCUCAAGGCGCAGCAGUCAUCAGGCAACUGAUUGGCGGUAUUGCAUGAAGCAAUGUAACACAAACGAAUUCGGAAAACGUGUUAUCCCGUAGACGACUCCGUCUGUAGUUAUGAAUAUACUGUUGAUGUAAUCGAGUGUUUGUGGUUUUCGGCGACUGCUGUGUUUGUAUAAACGAACUUGUUUCCUUCAACAGACAGUGGUUGUUUCGUGGUAUGAUCGAUGUUGGUAGCAGAAAAAAGACGUUUGAGGCUUCUAGAAAUUAAAAAAACACCACACAAAAAUGUUAUUCCAAA